UUCACUUUCUACACUGUCAACAGCAACAACCAACCUUUCUCCUCUCACUCUGCAAUCCUCUCUCUCUCUCUCUCUCUAGAUCUAAUCUCUCUUUCUCUCUGUAAUGGCGACUAUCAAGUCCGUUAAGGCCCGACAGAUCUUCGACAGUCGUGGAAAUCCUACCGUUGAGGUUGAUGUGCAUCUGACCAACGGAAUUUGGGCUAGAGCUGCUGUUCCUAGUGGUGCAUCCACUGGAAUUUAUGAGGCUCUUGAACUGAGAGACGGAGGAUCAGACUACCUCGGGAAGGGUGUCUCAAAGGCUGUUGGCAACGUGAACACAAUCAUUGGACCAGCCCUCGUGGGAAAGAACCCAACAGACCAGACUGGUAUCGAUAAUUUCAUGGUUCAACAACUCGAUGGAACUCAGAAUGAGUGGGGUUGGUGCAAGCAGAAGCUUGGUGCAAAUGCAAUUCUAGCUGUAUCUCUUGCUGUGUGCAAAGCUGGAGCUGCUCUCCUCAAUAUCCCCCUGUACAAGCAUAUUGCCAACCUAGCUGGUAACAAGAAGCUGGUCCUGCCUGUUCCUGCUUUCAAUGUCAUCAAUGGUGGAUCACAUGCUGGAAACAAACUUGCCAUGCAGGAAUUCAUGAUUCUCCCUGUUGGAGCUUCUUCUUUUAAGGAGGCCAUGAAAAUGGGUGUUGAAGUAUAUCACCAUUUGAAGGCCGUUAUCAAGAAGAAAUAUGGCCAAGAUGCCACCAAUGUUGGUGAUGAGGGUGGCUUUGCUCCUAACAUUCAGGAAAACAAGGAAGGUCUUGAACUCCUUAAGACUGCUAUUGCUAAAGCAGGUUAUACAGGAAAGGUUGUGAUUGGAAUGGAUGUUGCUGCAUCCGAAUUUUAUGGAAAAGAUAAGACUUAUGAUUUGAACUUCAAAGAAGAGAACAAUGAUGGAUCACAAAAGAUCUCUGGCGACAAACUCAAAGAUCUCUACAAAUCUUUCGCGUCUGAGUACCCAAUCGUAUCGAUUGAAGAUCCAUUUGAUCAGGAUGACUGGGAGCACUAUGCAAAGCUUACCGGAGAAAUUGGUGCCCAAGUUCAGAUUGUGGGUGAUGAUCUCCUUGUCACCAAUCCCAAGAGAGUUGAAAAGGCAAUCAAGGAGAAGACUUGCAAUGCUCUUCUUCUGAAGGUUAACCAAAUCGGAUCUGUGACCGAGAGUAUUGAAGCUGUAAAAAUGUCCAAGCACGCCGGUUGGGGUGUAAUGGCCAGUCACCGCAGUGGAGAAACAGAGGACACUUUCAUUGCUGAUCUCUCUGUUGGUUUGGCUACGGGCCAAAUUAAGACCGGAGCUCCAUGCAGAUCAGAGCGCCUUGCAAAAUACAACCAGCUGUUGAGAAUUGAAGAGGAACUUGGUGCGGAGGCAGUGUAUGCCGGAGCCAGCUUCCGAGCACCAGUGGAGCCCUAUUAAACCUGAUCUGUUUUGCGGGAUGAAGUUUAACUUAUAUGGAUGAAUAAUAUCCUCGUAUGUAGACUACUGGGACUGGGUUGUCUUAGGAUAAUGAGGACCUGUUUUUAAUAAUGGGCUGUCUUUUGUUCUGACCUUUUAUUAGUGAGUCGUCAAAGUCGGGGAAACAGUGAGCGAGCGUGUUUACCUCAAUUUUGACUCCCCGCAAUUUGGAGUGCCGAAUUUUAUUUUGUGAAUCUAUUCUGCUGAUGUUCAGCCUCUUUCCAAGCUUC